GUACCCGUGGAUGGACGGCCACGCCCAUCUAAUCAAGUUUAACAAUGUCUGACUCUCCAUCACCCUCUGCCUCAAGCUCCAUGGGAGCUCAAGGAAAGGCCUCUCAAAGUCUGAGACAUGUGGAGAAAGAUGUCCUUAUCCCUAAGAAGAUGAGAGCCAAGGCUAUGGUGCUUUGUCAGGAUCUUGUCAAAGAGUUUGAAGAUUGUAUUCGAGGUCGUACAGUGUCUGCUGUGUGGCAUUGUAGGAAAGAGAACAGCAAUAUGCAAAACUGUGUUGCUAAAUAUUAUAAGAACGACGAGUUCUAUGAACAGUGCAAGCAGGAGUAUUUGGAAGAGAAGAAGAAGUUUGAGGAAACUGGAGAGAGACAGAACAUGAAGAGGGCUUCUUCUUGACUAGUGUGUAGCUGCAAAUACUUAUUGUUUGUGUGUGUAUAUAUAGUGUGUUCCAUCUUUCAAGAGAUGUCUUACCAUGAUAAUUCAUUAUACUUCAUUCAAUAAA